AUGCGAAGAGUCACUUACUCUUUUAGUAUUUGUGAUUUUGAAGAUGUUGAUUGGAACAUCAGAUUUAAGAUUAUGAACUGCAAGGAUAUAAUUGUUCUUUUCCUGUUGUUAAAUUUUGUUGAACUACAAGACAGGCUGUUAAGCCUGUUUAUGAAUUGCAUCUUUUUCUUGGGUCGGGUGGGAUCAUUUUUGUUGGUUGGAUUGUUUCCCUCCAUGGUUAAGCUUGAUUCAGACAUUAUGGUUGUUUCCCUCCUUGCAUUAACCUUCUAUGGCAUUCAGAAAAAAUUGUACAAUAAUCCUUUUUUGUGUAUUUUUCUUAACAAUUUGGCAGCGGGGACAUUAAAUUCUGAUGUGCCAAGGGACCUUGACCUGCCAUUAAAGGAUCGUUUCUUCAUUCAGCCAUUGACUCCAGCAGAGGCAGCACAAAGGGCAAAGGAGUCAGCCAAGGAAAUCCUUAAUGUUAAGGAACUGAUAGACAAGAAGGCAUGGCCUUAUGUCCAGAAUGACCUUCGUCUAAAGGCCUCAUAUCUCCGGUAUGACCUCAACACAGUCAUCUCUGCCAAGCCCAAGGACCAGAAGAAACCUCUCAAAGAUCUUAUUGGAGAUCUCUUCAAGACCAUUGAUGAUUUGGACCAUGCUGCAAAGAUAAAGAGCACUCCUGAAGCAGAGAAGUACUAUGCAGCUACUGUGUCUAAACUAAAUGAUGUACUCUCCAAGAUUGGUUAAGGAGAAUUCAGUUUCUGUACCUUUUGUUGUGGUGUAAUGUUUAUUUCUGCCUCUAUGAGACAGUUUGAUUGUAAUUUGAAGGGGAUUCAAUGAAGAUCAAAAGGUGGAAAAAAGUCCUUCCCAUCUCUCCAA